GGGGCGGCCGAGAAGGCGAGGGGGCGGAGCCCGGGACCGGGGCGGGGCGACCACGGGCCGGGAGCUCAGCGGUCGGCGGCCGGCGGCGGGAGAUCGCGGGCGAGCGGAGCGCAACACUCGCUUGGUUGGGGAGAUCGGCGCUUGGCCGGGUGAGCACAAGCCUGGGAGAUGGCAGUGAUGGAAAUGGCCUGCCCAGGUGCCCCUGGUUCAGCAGUGGGGCAGCAGAAGGAACUCCCCAAAGCCAAGGAGAAGACGCCGCCACUGGGGAAGAAACAGAGCUCUGUCUACAAGCUUGAGGCCGUGGAGAAGAGCCCUGUGUUCUGCGGAAAGUGGGAGAUCCUGAAUGACGUGAUUACCAAGGGCACAGCCAAGGAAGGCUCCGAGGCAGGGCCAGCUGCCAUCUCUAUCAUCGCCCAGGCUGAAUGUGAGAAUAGCCAAGAGUUCAGCCCCACCUUUUCAGAACGCAUUUUCAUCGCUGGGUCCAAACAGUACAGCCAGUCCGAGAGUCUUGAUCAGAUCCCCAACAAUGUGGCCCAUGCUACAGAGGGCAAAAUGGCCCGUGUGUGUUGGAAGGGAAAGCGUCGCAGCAAAGCCCGGAAGAAACGGAAGAAGAAGAGCUCAAAGUCCCUGGCUCAUGCAGGAGUGGCCUUGGCCAAACCCCUCCCCAGGACCCCUGAGCAGGAGAGCUGCACCAUCCCAGUGCAGGAGGAUGAGUCUCCACUUGGCGCCCCAUAUGUUAGAAACACCCUGCAGUUCACCAAGCCUCUGAAGGAACCAGGCCUUGGGCAACUCUGUUUUAAGCAGCUUGGCGAGGGCCUACGGCCGGCUCUGCCUCGAUCAGAACUCCACAAACUGAUCAGCCCCUUGCAAUGUCUGAACCACGUGUGGAAACUGCACCACCCCCAGGACGGAGGCCCCCUGCCCCUGCCCACGCACCCCUUCCCCUAUAGCAGACUGCCUCAUCCCUUCCCAUUCCACCCUCUCCAGCCCUGGAAACCUCACCCUCUGGAGUCCUUCCUGGGCAAACUGGCCUGUGUAAACAGCCAGCAACCCUUGCCUGACCCACACCUGAGCAAACUGGCCUGUGUAGACAGUCCAAAGCCCCUGCCUGGCCCACACCUGGAGCCCAGCUGCCUGUCUCGUGGUGCCCAUGAGAAGUUUUCUGUGGAGGAAUACCUAGUGCAUGCUCUGCAAGGCAGCGUGAGCUCAGGCCAGGCCCACAGCCUGACCAGCCUGGCCAAGACCUGGGUAGCAAGGGGCUCCAGAUCCCGGGAGCCCAGCCCCAAAACUGAGGACAACGAGGGUGUCCUGCUCACUGAGAAACUCAAGCCAGUGGAUUAUGAGUACCGAGAAGAAGUCCACUGGGCCACGCACCAGCCCCGCCUGGGCAGAGGCUCCUUCGGAGAGGUGCACAGGAUGGAGGACAAGCAGACUGGCUUCCAGUGCGCUGUCAAAAAGGUGCGGCUGGAAGUAUUUCGGGCAGAGGAGCUGAUGGCAUGUGCAGGAUUGACCUCACCCAGAAUUGUCCCUUUGUAUGGAGCUGUGAGAGAAGGGCCUUGGGUCAACAUCUUCAUGGAGCUGCUGGAAGGUGGCUCCCUGGGCCAGCUGGUCAAGGAGCAGGGCUGUCUCCCAGAGGACCGGGCCCUGUACUACCUGGGCCAGGCCCUGGAGGGUCUGGAAUACCUCCACUCACGAAGGAUUCUGCAUGGGGACGUCAAAGCUGACAACGUGCUCCUGUCCAGCGAUGGGAGCCAUGCAGCCCUCUGUGACUUUGGCCAUGCUGUGUGUCUUCAACCUGAUGGCCUGGGGAAGUCCUUGCUCACAGGGGACUACAUCCCUGGCACAGAGACCCACAUGGCUCCGGAGGUGGUGCUGGGCAGGCGCUGCGACGCCAAGGUGGACGUCUGGAGCAGCUGCUGUAUGAUGCUGCACAUGCUCAACGGCUGCCACCCCUGGACUCAGUUCUUCCGAGGGCCGCUCUGCCUCAAGAUUGCCAGCGAGCCUCCGCCUGUGAGGGAGAUCCCACCCUCCUGCGCCCCUCUCACAGCCCAGGCCAUCCAAGAGGGGCUGAGGAAAGAGCCCAUCCACCGCGUGUCUGCAGCAGAGCUGGGAGGGAAGGUGAACCGGGCACUACAGCAAGUGGGAGGUCUGAAGAGCCCUUGGAGGGGAGAAUAUAAAGAACCAAGACAUCCACCGCCAAAUCAAGCCAAUUAUCACCAGACCCUCCAUGCUCAGCCGAGAGAGCUUUCGCCAAGGGCCCCAGGGCCCCGGCCAGCUGAGGAGACAACAGGCAGAGCCCCUAAGCUCCAGCCUCCUCUCCCACCAGAGCCCCCAGAGCCAAACAAGUCUCCUCCCUUGACUUUGAGCAAGGAGGAGUCUGGGAUGUGGGAACCCUUACCUCUGUCCUCCCUGGAGCCAGCCCCUGCCAGAAACCCCAGCUCACCAGAGCGGAAAGCAACCUUCCCGGAGCAGGAACUGCAGCAGCUGGAAAUAGAAUUAUUCCUCAACAGCCUGUCCCAGCCAUUUUCUCUGGAGGAGCAGGAGCAAAUUCUCUCGUGCCUCAGCAUCGACAGCCUCUCCCUGUCGGAUGACAGUGAGAAGAACCCAUCAAAGGCCUCUCAAAGCUCGCGGGACACCCUGAGCUCAGGUGUACACUCCUGGAGCAGCCAGGCCGAGGCUCGAAGCUCCAGCUGGAACAUGGUGCUGGCCCGGGGGCGGCCCACCGACACCCCAAGCUAUUUCAAUGGUGUGAAAGUCCAAAUACAGUCUCUUAAUGGUGAACACCUGCACAUCCGGGAGUUCCACCGGGUCAAAGUGGGAGACAUCGCCACUGGCAUCAGCAGCCAGAUCCCAGCUGCAGCCUUCAGCUUGGUGACCAAAGACGGGCAGCCUGUUCGCUACGACAUGGAGGUGCCAGACUCGGGCAUCGACCUGCAGUGCACACUGGCCCCUGAUGGCAGCUUCGCCUGGAGCUGGAGGGUCAAGCAUGGCCAGCUGGAGAACAGGCCCUAACCCUGCCCUCCACCGCCGGCUCCACACUGCCGGAAGCAGCCUUCCUGCUCGGUGCACGAUGCUGCCCUGAAACAGAGGCUCAGCCGCUCCCAGGGAUCUGCCAGCCCCCGGCUCAGCAGUGGGACCAGGGCCUGGCAGCAGCAAGGUGGGGGCAAGCAGAAUGCCUCCCAGGAUUUCACACCUGAGUCCUGCCCCACCCUGCUGAGAAAACACUCCGCCACGUGAAGAGACAGAGGAGGACGGCAGGAGUUACCUCGGGAAACAAACAGGAUCUUCUCUGCCCUGCUCCAGUCGAGUUGGCCUGACCCGCUUGGAUCAGUGACCAUUUGCUGGCAGACAGGGGAGAGCAGCUUCCAGCCUGGGUCAGAAGGGGUGGGCAAGCGCCUCGGCCCCUCACCCUCCAGGCUGGUGUGAGAGUGUCAAGUGUGUAAGGGCCCACACUCAGGUUCAGUGCAGAACCAGGUCAGCAGGUAUGCCCGCCCGUAGGUUAAGGGGACCCUCUAAACCCCUUGCCUGGCCUCACCUGGCCAGCUCACCCCUUUUGGGUGUAGGGGAAAAGAAUGUCUGACCCUGGGAAGGCUCCCUGGUAGAAUACACCACACUUUUCAGGUUGUUGCAGCACAGGUCCUGAGUUGACCUCUGGUUCAGCCAAGGACCAAAGAAGGUGUGUAAGUGAAGUGGUUCUCAGUCCCCAGACAUGUGCCCCUUUGCUGCUGGCUACCACUCUUCCCCAGAGCAGCAGGCCCCGAGCCCCUUCAGGCCCAGCACUGCCCCAGACUCGCUGGCACUCAGUUCCCUCAUCUGUAAAGGUGAAGGGUGAUGCAGGAUAUGCCUGACAGGAACAGUCUGUGGAUGGACAUGAUCAGUGCUAAGGAAAGCAGCAGACAGAGACGCUCCAGCGCCCCAGCCCCACUAUCAGUGUCCAGCGUGCUGGUUCCCCAGAGCACAGCUCAGCAUCACACUGACACUCACCCUGCCCUGCCCCUGGCCAGAGGGUACUGCCGACGGCACUUUGCACUCUGAUGACCUCAAAGCACUUUCAUGGCUGCCCUCUGGCAGGGCAGGGCAGUGACUCUGUAGGAGCAUAGCAAGCCAGGAGAUGGGGUGAAGGGACACAGUCUUGAGCUGUCCACAUGCAUGUGACUCCUCAAACCUCUUCCAGAUUUCUCUAAGAAUAGCACCCCCUUCCCCAUUGCCCCAGCUUAGCCUCUUCUCCCAGGGGAGCUACUCAGGACUCACGUAGCAUUAAAUCAGCUGUGAAUCGUCAGGGGGUGUCUGCUAGCCUCAACCUCCUGGGGCAGGGGACGCCGAGACUCCUUGGGAGAAGCUCAUUCCCACAUCUUGCCAAGACAGCCUUUGUCCAGCUGUCCACAUUGAGCCAGACUGCUCCCGGGGAGAGAGCCCCGGCCCCCAGCACAUAAAGAACUGCAGCCUUGGUACUGCAGAGUCUGGGUUGUAGAGAACUCUUUGUAAGCAAUAAAGUUCGGGGUGAUGACAAA